UAUAUCAAUUGGAAAAAUCUCUUCAAAAGUUCACAGCAAAAGGGAAGCUACUGCCAGGACCUGGUUGAAAAAAGAGCUUCUAUGGUCAACGACUUUGAAGACAAAUCCACAGUCAUUCUGAACUCAGUGGGUGAGAUCUCGGAACUACUAUGUAAAAGAGACAUUCUGCUUCCUCGCUUUAACAGGAUUUAAGAAAAAAGUUUCUUCUUUACUGAACUAUCCACGUGUCCUGUGAUUCUGUGUCUACUCAUAUCAACACUGAAAUGAAGCCAUUUUUGCGCUUGCCUUAUUAAUUCCUAAUCCUGUUACCUCCACGAAUAUAAAUAUUAAUGCUUUCCUUUCGAGUUAUUCUGUGAUGCUGGUGUGGCACAAAAAGUCAUUCGCAAGAGAACUCCAAAACGAAACUUCUAGAAACUUCUAAAGAAAGAUUCAUAAAUGGAACACCAGGGAGAUCUCAUAGAUUCUAUGGCGUUCUCUGAUGAUAUAAAUGUAAUGGAAUUUUCCUACAGAGAAACCCCCCAUCCUUACAAUAUGAUGAUGACUUCUCCACCAAACCUGAACCUCUAUGAUUUUUCAUCAGGAGAAAGUGGAAUUUCUCAUUCGUCCCUAACUAGCUACAAGGAUGAGGAGACAGACUAUGAGGAGGAAAUGAAAUUGUAUUCUACUCUUGGCCGACCUAAGCGAAAGCGCGUGAUCACCUAUAACCAACGCCAAGCUGCCAACAUCAGAGAAAGAAAAAGAAUGUUCAACCUCAAUGAAGCCUUUGACUUGCUCCGAAAGAAGGUACCAACAUUUGCUUAUGAAAAAAGACUUUCUAGAAUUGAAACCCUACGUCUUGCCAUUGUUUAUAUCUCUUUUAUGACUGAACUGCUCAACAGUCCCGGAAAGAAAAAUUAAAAAUGAAUUUUGCCAGGACAUUGGUUGAACACUGAAGAUUUCUAUACAGUAGUGUUACUGGGGAUUAUUUUGUCUAUAUCAUGCCCGGUUUGGCCUAAAUUUAAAUGUCAGCCAUAUGGAUUAGAUUUAGACAUAGACAAAAAAUGACUGUAAAAAUCUGUUUACUAAUCACACAGACCCGAAAAGAAUUUCAGAAUUUUUGGCAGUGAGUAAAAAUGUUUAUAUUUUAAUUUAAAUAUAUUGAUAAAGAUAUAUUAUACCUAUUCUAUAGUAUAAUAUUUUAAGGAAAUGCUGCAUU